AUGAAGGCCUACUAUCGGCGCUCGUUCAACCGCCUCCUCUGGCGACGCUUGGAGAAUAAGGUCGCCGAUCCCGAGAAAGUGGACAUCCUGCAAGCUAUCAGGCUCAAUCAGCAACUGGCCGUCGAUCAAGAGGUAGUCACCGAUCUUAUGGAUGAGGAUGUCUUAAACGAUCUGGAAGCACAGGUUCCGCAGUUCCGUUUUCGCAACCCAAUGGACAUCAGAAACCUUCUCAACUAUCCAGAUGAGGAGGUGGUCACCUAUCUGCUAGACCUCGAUGAUGCAACUAUGAUUGAAGACGACAGUGAUGAGCUUCCUUCCACUCCAGCGGUCGACGCACAUAUGAUGAUCCAGUCGCUCGAAACGAUCUGGAUGCAGCAGACGGAUACAAAGAACUACUUCAUGGUGGCACUGCAGCGGUGA